AUGUGUGUGUCUUCCAGACCUGCAUUCAAAGGAUGGCCGUCAUCUGACCGAUCACGUGGUGGCAAGCUGGACCAAGAGUGUUGGGGCAUUCUGGCCAAAGUGACCGUAUUCUGGAUCUUCUUAGUUGGCGAGAAAGUACAAGACUCACCGCAAAAUGGACAGACGACAAAUGCCUCUACGUCUGGCGGUGGUCCUUCAUUCAAAACGCGGUUGCAUCCGCUUUUGUCCUCUUGGGCCGACAUGUGGUGGCCUGUGACAUGA